GUGCGGCUCUCUAUUGGCUCGUCGGUGAGGGGCGGGGAGAUAGCGGAGCGCGGGGUUCGGGUCCGCGCGGUUCGGCGCUGCUCAGCUGCCGUCGCCAUGGACCUGGGGCCGCUGAGGAAGGGUUACCGCAGCGACGAGGAGGCCUUCGAGGAGCGGCACCUGGCCUCCCGGCACCCCAUCGAGCAGUUCGCGGCCUGGUUCACGGAGGCGGCGCAGUGCCCGGCGGUGGGCGAGGCCAACGCCAUGUGCCUGGCCACCUGCAGCAGGGACGGGAGGCCCUCGGCCCGCAUGGUGCUGCUGAAGGGCUUCGGGCGCGACGGGUUCCGCUUCUUCACCAACCACGAGAGCCGCAAAGGGAGGGAACUGGACGCCAACCCGUUCGCUUCUGUUGUCUUCUACUGGGAGCCCCUCCACCGCCAGGUGCGGAUCGAGGGCUCAGUGAAGCGGCUGUCGGAGGAGGAAUCGGAGCAGUACUUCCACUCCCGCCCUAAGGGCAGCCAGAUCGGGGCGGUUGUCAGCCAACAGAGCACCGUCAUCCCAGACAGAGAGUAUUUGAGGAAGAAGAACGCGGAGCUGGAGGAGCAGUACAGGGACACAACAGUACCGAAGCCGGCGUACUGGGGAGGCUACAUCCUGCAGCCAGAGGUGAUGGAGUUCUGGCAGGGCCAAACCAACCGCCUGCACGACCGCAUCGUCUUCCGGCGCCCGCGGGACGGCGAGACCCCCCUGGGACACAUGACGCAUCAGGGUGAGGACGGGUGGGUGUUCGAGCGCCUUUCCCCGUGAGGCUGCGUGUUCCUGGGCAGCAUUCCCUGUGCCAAAUCCACCACGUGUCCCCCCGCUGUGUCCUGGGGAAGCUGCGACCUCGCUCUGCCUUUCCCUGGUGGUGCUGGUGGGGGGGCUCUGGAUCAGCCCCGGAAAACCCUGGAUCCCGUUGUGCUUGCAGCAGGCAGAGACAGGUUGGUCCCCAGGACCCCUGCUUCCCCCUGCCAGCAUGUAAGUAGCAAUUACCCUUGGGGCUGGUGUUAAUGAAUCACGUGAAUGAUUGUGGGGGCACCAGGAAAGGCUCUGGUGAAUCCCCUGCCCUCAUUGUGCCCUGCUGCUGGGUCCAGUCAUGCCUCGUGUUCUAGCUAGAAUCAUGCCUUUUGCUCGGUCAGUGCAAUAACUUCUUUAAUUGUGGCUCUGAUAUUGCUGUGAGCGUUCUUGUCAGGCUGUGUGUGUGUUGCCACCUGUGUGUUCCAUCUCUGUGGGGCUGUGGGACCCCGAUCCUCACCCUGUCUGUGCCAGCACUGCUCCCUGCCUGUACGUGGAAACAAUAAAGUCCGAUCGGAGCGGA